GGAGCUCGUCCAACAGGCUAAGGGCUACGCAGAGGCCACAAGGCUUUAGGGUCUGGGUGGGGACGGCUCACUCCCUUUCUGUUCCGGGACAGGUGCACAGCGCAGAGCUGUCACUGUCACUGCGGGCCGGAAGCCCCGCCACCGCUCACCUCUGGAGAAAGGUUUAUUGUGAGCCAGCGUGAACGCAGGGACUACGACUCCCGGCAUCCUCCGCGGCUUCCACUGUUAACCCUUCAGGGCCUGGAGCUGCCCGGUGUCCCGCCCCCGCCCCUUCCUCGGACUGGCAGGAGAUGGGUGCCCCCAUCGGCACACUGUCCUUUGGCCACUCAACAUCAUGCCUCCCAAGAAAGAUGUUCCUGUGAAGAAACCAGCUGGGCCCACCAUCUCUAAGCCUGCUGCUAAGCCUGCAGUAGGGGCCCCUCCAGCCAAGGCCAAGGCCGAGCCAGCUGUCCCCCAGACCCCUGCAAAAACCCAGGAGCCCCCUGUUGAUCUCUCCAAAGUUGUGAUCGAGUUUAACAAGGACCAGCUGGAGGAAUUCAAAGAGGCCUUUGAGCUGUUUGAUCGAGUCGGUGAUGGCAAGAUCCUGUAUAGCCAGUGCGGCGAUGUGAUGAGGGCCCUGGGCCAGAACCCUACCAAUGCUGAGGUGCUCAAGGUCCUGGGAAACCCCAAGAGUGAUGAGCUGAAGACCCGCCGUGUAGACUUUGAGACCUUCCUGCCCAUGCUCCAGGCAGUGGCCAAGAACCGGGACCGAGGCACUUAUGAGGACUAUCUGGAGGGGCUUCGAGUAUUUGACAAAGAAGGGAAUGGCAAAGUCAUGGGCGCAGAGCUGAGACAUGUUCUCACCACCCUGGGAGAGAAGAUGACUGAGGAAGAGGUGGAGACUGUUCUGGCAGGACAUGAGGACAGCAACGGCUGCAUCAACUAUGAAGCCUUCCUGAAGCACAUCCUAAGCCUCUGAGCAGCAAGGCAGGUCUUCCAGCAAAGGCUCGGGCUGCCGGGAGAGCGGGAAGCCUUCCCGGCCAGCGGCGCCCGAUGGGUGCGCCAGCUCCCUUUCCCCCGCACUGCUGCGGUUCGCGUCCACCUCCCAGCGCUGGAAGCUUUUCCUGCCACUAGGCGGCCACUUAGUGUUCGGAAAUAAAGAUGCGGUUCCCGUCUUGG